AUGGAACUGAGACCAGUGGUGAAGUUUACAGAACAUGUAGUCACUACAAGCAAGCUCAUCGAUCACCGGCAUCCCACAAAGCUCCGGCAUAAGGCCGUGAGGAUCAUACUCACCGACGGUGACGCCACUGACUCCGGUGAUGAUGAAGGUUCCGGAAGAAUAUUUGUCCGUAGAGUCAAAAGACACGUUGAAGAGGUCAACUUUAAGUCAGAGGUACCGAAGCAACGGUAUAGUAAUAGUAACAGUCAGAAAAAGAGGAGCUUGACUUCGCCGGUAAAGGACGUCAAUAGCAUGAAAAAGUUCAGGGGUGUGCGUCAGAGACCGUGGGGGAGAUGGGCAGCCGAGAUCCGUGAUCCGACUAGUAGAAAACGGGUCUGGCUAGGGACUUAUGACACUCCUGAAGAAGCUGCUUCGGCUUAUGACACCGCCGCCGUUAAACUGAGAGGACCCACCGCAGUCACUAACUUUCCGGCGGCUCAACGAGUCUCUAUCGACUCCAUUGCCGAGAGCCCAACAGAGAGCGACGCAGUUACAUCUGGAAACGACUCCGCUUUGUCGCCCACCUCCGUUCUCCGCCGUGACGAUUUUACGCCGUUUGAAGAAACUGCUUCAAUUUAUGACACCGCCGCCGUUAAACUGAGAAGACCCACCGCAGUCACUAACUUUCCGGCGGCUCAACGAGUCUCUAUCGACUCCAUUGCCCAGAGCCCAACAGAGAGCGACGCAGUUACAUCUGGAAACGACUCCGCUUUGUCGCCCACCUCCGUUCUCCGCCGUGAUGAUUUUAUGCCGUUUGACUGUCUCUUCGGCUUUGACGGUGACGUUGACGCCUUUGGGUUCAGCAUUGAAUUUCCGUUCAGUUUGCCGAGUGUUGGUUUGCCAUACCUAGCCGAGGAAUUCAGCGAGUUUGACUUCGAUGCUUUCCUCGAAGAAGUCAGAUGA